GUGAGUGUGUGUGUGUGUGUGUGUGUGUGUGUGUGUGUGUGAGUGUGUGUGUGAGUGUGCUAUGGUAACGUCUGGUGUGUGAGGCCUGCGUCAGGAGACCCCACUGCCUUGUUCAGCAUGUCUGAAUCCCAGACCCCGUCAUGGCCACGGGGCACAGAGUGUAUGGCCAAGUACAACUUCAAGGGCACCACGGAGCAGGACUUGCCCUUUAACAAAGGAGAUGUCUUGACCAUCAUCGUUGUCACUAAGGACCCCAACUGGUACAAAGCCAAGAACACAGCAGGUCGAGAAGGCACCAUCCCAGCGAACUACGUCCAGAAGAGAGAAGGGGUGAAGCAAGGGGGCAAGCUGAGUCUAAUGCCAUGGUUCCAUGGUAAGAUCACCAGGGAGCAGGCUGAGAAUCUCCUGAUCCCCCCAGAGACGGGCCUGUUCCUGGUCAGAGAGAGCACCAACUACCCCGGAGACUACACUCUGUGUGUCAGCUGUGACGGCAAGGUGGAGCACUACCGUAUUGUCUACAAGGAGGGUCAGCUCAGCAUCGACGAGGACGAGUUCUUCGAGAACCUCAUGCAGCUGGUGGAGCACUAUACCAAAGACGCAGAUGGUCUCUGCACCAAACUGAUCAAGCCGAAGCUGGAGGAGGGAACUGUGGCAGCCCAGGAUGAGUUCUCUAGGAGUGGCUGGGCUCUGAACAGGAAGGAGCUUAACAUUCAGCAGUCAAUAGGCAAGGGAGAGUUUGGAGAUGUGAAGGUGGGAGACUACAGAGGGACCAAAGUAGCUGUGAAGUGUAUCAAGCAUGAUGCCACGGCACAGGCCUUCAUCGCAGAGGCCUCAGUCAUGACGCAGCUGAGACACAAUAACCUGGUUCAGUUGAUAGGUGUCAUCGUUGAGGAGACGGGAAGCCUGUUUAUUGUCAGCGAGUACAUGGCCAAGGGCAGUCUAGUGGACUACCUGCGCUCCAGAGGCCGGACAGUGAUCUUCGGGGAUUGUCUACUCAAGUUCUCACUUGACGUGUGUGAGGCCAUGGAGUAUCUGGAGGCCAACAACUUUGUCCACAGAGACCUGGCGGCACGAAACGUUCUGGUGUCUGACGAAAACAUCGCUAAGGUCAGCGACUUUGGCCUGACCAAAGAGGCCUCAUCCAAUCAGGACACGGCCAAACUGCCCAUCAAGUGGACCUCACCAGAGGCUCUGAGGGAAAAGAAGUUCUCCACCAAGUCAGAUGUGUGGAGCUAUGGGAUCUUGCUGUGGGAGAUCUACUCCUUUGGCCGAGUGCCUUACCCCAGAAUUCCUCUGAAGGAGGUGGUACCACGCGUAGAGAAGGGCUACAAGAUGGACGCCCCGGACGGCUGUCCUGAGGUGGUGUAUGAAGUCAUGAAGCAGUGCUGGACCCUGGACCCCCUGGUGCGACCCCGCUUCAGAGUCCUCCGGGAGAAACUGCAUCAUAUCCUAGCCAAGGAACUCUACCUUUGAGAGGAUAGGAAUAGGAGGAAGGGGAGAGUGGACAAGGGCGGCUCUCCUUUCAUUGAGGAAGAGGGGGAGGUAGAGUAAUGAUGAGAGAGAGAGAGGACAGACAAGGAUUGCUCUUCUUUUGUGAUGGGACCUGCCUUUAUCAAGACCUCAGUCAGAGAUCUUCCUUCCUCCCUUUAUUUUUCUCUAUAAAUGAAAGAAUCCCACCCGAUUGUGUUAAAAAUUCACUGCUUUUCUGACUUGAUGUUUUAUCAUUUCUCAUUCUGUUGAAAUGUUUUUUCCACUUGUUGCCCCCCC